AUGAAGAUGACGAUGAAGAUGAAGAUGAAGAUGAAGAUGAAGAUGAAGACGACUGAAAAAUUGGAUAAACUAGCUGCAGUGUUGUUGAUGCUCGUCAGUGGAGCAGGGGCAGUUGGCACUGCUGGUUGUGGAACUUUCUACCAAGACAUGUCGUGCAGAGAAGAUUGUGGAAGCUGCGGUCAGCCUUGCUGUGCCUUGCAGUGGACGAUUCCCAUUGCAGCGUCAGUUACCCUCAACGCCCUCAAAACACGUGUGUUCAAUGCGUCCAGCAGUGGAGGAUACGACGGAAGGUUUUCUCUCGUCAGCAUCUCUCCGCCUGACCUGCUCGAGGGAUCUUUCUCCUCCUCUUUCUACUCCUGUAGCGCAGCUGCUCUCUUAGGCCCGAGCGCUGCUGGAACACUACCAUGCGUGCUUGUGCAGGGUGAACACCGACCAGCGGGAAGCAGGAUGGUCAAAUACACAGACAAGCUGAACUUUGCCAUCUUCUCCUCCUCCAAGAAUGAGACUACUUUGAAAGCCUUCAUCAUCAGCCCCUUCAUCCUGAGCACCUGCGACGGUGGCUCCAACUAUCAGUGA